UAUUUAUCUCUCUCUCUUUCUCUCUCUCACUUUUUUUUUUUUUGUCUUUUUGGACUACCGGUUCCGGCUCGGAAGCAGGCUUGGGACUGGUGGCGAAGCGCCGAGGAAGAAGAGAGGCUCGGGAACAAGCCACUGCCUCGAGACGAAAGCGUAGAUCUCGAUCCCGGAGACGAGAGCGGCAGCGGCGGCGGAGGAAGAGGAGGGGAUGAGCUCUGGCUAGGUUUUCAGGCGAAGAAUCCAGCGGUUGGUGGGUCCUAGGGUUCCACCGAUGCAACACUACAGCCUGAGGCCGGCCAAUUCCUUCAUCGGUGGCUCCCUGCACGACCUCAACACCGCUGACUCCAACCCCGGCGAGAUCGAGGGCAUCAGCGACGUCGAUCGCGACCCCGUGAACGAAGAUAGCCUGGACAACGACGACGACGAGUCCAACUCCGUGGACUGCGUACAUGACUCGUACAGAAACUCGAUUCCCCUUCACGGGGUUGGAGUCGACGAUGAUCGAUCCGCGCUCGAGCAUAGUGGCAGGUCGCCGAGUCCAUCAUAUAACAUACUGACCCACGAAGAUGUUUCGCCAAUAGAGACUGCAAGAGCAAGGUUCUUGCAGAUCAUCAUCGAUCAUUUCAUAGACGAGCAUGUGAUUGAAGCUGCAGAAACUUCUGAUGUUCGCUGUUAUCAGGGGAACGAGAAGGUUAACAAAAGAAAGCAACGGGAAAUCCAGUAUGAAGGUGAUCAUAGGUUUGCCUUGCCCUUGAUGUAUGUUGCGAACUUGUACGAGACCUUAGUUAACGAUGUCAAUGUCCGUCUUGCUUCCUUGGACGGGAUCCGCGAGAAAAAUAUUGGGGUAGCUCUAGAAACUGCUGGUGGUUUGUACAGAAGACUGGCAAAAAAAUUCCCGCCUAAAGGCUCUUGUAGCUUCAGGAGAAGAGAAUUGGCUACAUCACUUGCAACAAGGACCAGAUUCCCUGAGCUUGUGGUGCAAGAAGAAAAACGUGUUCGCUUCGUAGUAGUAAAUGGUUUGUCGAUCAUUGAAAAACCAAACAAUAUUGGUAUAGAUGAUGCCGACUGGUUCAAACGUUUGACUGGUCGGCAUGAGGUGGCUAUUUCAGCAAGUGAUUACAAGUUCUAUUCGCCUAGGCACAAGUACAAGCGUGGUGCUUCUCAUUCCAUGUCCAACAUCCCUGGGUUGAAUGCAAUAUCAGUAACAGAAAGUUCUUCCCAAGUGGCUAGUGCUAUCGGAUUCCGUCCAGUAAAUGAGUCCCAAAGUCAUCAUGAACCUUCACCAAAACAUCAUGUGCAACAAUCGCCACAACCUACAUAUCAUCCUCUUCACCAGGUUCAUCAUCAGAACAUUCAGCAAAGUCAGCACUCUACACACUUUUCUCACUUACAUCAGUGCCCGCAUCCUUCACAUGUGCCGGAUCUUUCUCACCAACAUCAGACACAGACAAUACCUCCGCAUCUCACAUCCUUGCAGUCCCUCUCUGGAAGUAAUCUUGGAGGAUGUUUGCAUAUACUGCCAACAAGCCCAGCAAAGUUCUGCGACGAAUGUGGAACGCCCUACUUCAGAGAGACAUCUAAGUUCUGCUCUGAAUGUGGUACAAAGAGAGGCACAAAUGUUUCCAAGGUGGAGACAGAUUGAAUGGCACAAAUUGGCACAUAUUGGAAGGUAUAAAAGUUUCUGACAUUACUUACAUAAUUCAUCAUCAAAUUACUAUUUUCUUGAGAUCUGAAGAGGAGGUAUUAUUUUCUCGAUUAAUUUAGCUGGUCAUUUCACGAGAUCGUAAUUUGCUAGAUGAUCAUUUGCUUUUGAAUACUUGUGGUUCAGGUCAUUCAGUAACAAUUAGGCAUAUGCAUGUAUCAAUCGAUGAUCGAGUCUCAGAUUGUUGAUCAUGGGUCGAACUUUGGUCAAUCACAGAGCAAUAUUUUUAGAUUUAUUAUUAGAAUAAAUUUUGUGAGAGAAAAGUCCAAUGUUUUGAGCUUUUCUUCCAUUUGUAAGAGUUUCUUUUUGGAAAAGCCUACUCGGGAGCACUUUUUAUUAUUUUUAGUGAAAUCCUAGUUAGUUUUGGCCCGAGCAAAAAUCCUGUUAAAGGAUUAUUGAUGGUAGGGGCAGAAAAAAAAAGGAAAAUGGAUUUAGCUCCGCAAAUAUGAGAGGGAAUUCUGAGAAAGAUCGCAUUCAUAGAUUUAGCUGUUCGGCAAUCGCCUAAUGUAGGAAGGCGAUGAAAAGGUCUCUUAGGGCAUCGGAGCUCCUAGAAAAGCUUUCAACUUCUAACUCUUUUUUUUUUUAUUUCUACAGUCACUGCUGCAGUUUCUCUGUUUGGGUUUCUUUCUUAAUCCAUAAUUCAAAACUGGUUCAAAAAAUAAAAAUAUAUUUACUUAUCA